CGGGCUGAGCGGCGGCAUGGCUCGGAUGAGGAAGGCAGCGGAGGCCUUCGGGGCCGAACUGGGCGUGCGGAUCGCACUGUUCACGGCCUUCCUGGUAACAGAGCUUCUCCCUCCCUUCCAGAGGCUUAUCCAGCCCGAGGAGAUGUGGCUGUACCGGAAUCCGUAUGUGGAAGCAGAGUAUUUCCCUACUAAGUCGAUGUUUGUCAUUGCAUUUGUCUUUCCACUGUCUCUGAUCCUCCUGGCCAAAUGUCUCAAGAAGGCGGACACAACGGACAGCAAACAAGCCUGCCUGGCUGCCAGCCUUGCCCUGGUUCUGAAUGGUGUCUUUACCAACACAAUAAAGCUGAUAGUGGGGAGACCACGCCCGGACUUCUUCUACCGCUGCUUCCCUGAUGGGCAAGCCCAUUCUGACUUGACGUGCACAGGAAAUGAGGAUGUGGUGAAUGAGGGCCGUAAGAGCUUCCCUAGUGGACAUGCUUCCUUUGCAUUUGCUGGGCUGGCCUUUGCUUCCUUCUACCUGGCAGGGAAGUUACACUGCUUCACACCACAAGGCCGUGGAAAAUCUUGGAGGUUCUGUGCCUUUCUGUCACCUCUUCUUCUAGCAACUGUGAUUGCACUGUCCCGCACCUGUGACUACAAGCAUCACUGGCAAGAUGUUCUAACUGGAUCCGUGAUUGGCCUGACAUUUGCCUAUGUCUGCUACCGGCAGUAUUACCCUCCUCUGACUGAUGCAGAAUGCCAUAAACCAUUUCACAACACACUUGUACUUCCCACUGCACAAAAGAAUUCUAUGGAUCCUUAUCAUCUUGAUAUUUAGAAACUGGAGCUACCUCAAUGGAAAAGAAUAGGUGAAUCAGCCCCUCCUCUCUGGACCAUGGGAAGACAAGAAUUUCCUACCUUUUGACCUGUUAAAAGAUACAAGUGAGGACAUCAGCAUUUCAUUCUGUUCCAUAUAAUUAUGCAGUUUUUCCCCUGCUCACAUGAAUUCAUCAUGAGGAGUCACAAGGUUCCUUUUCACUACUGUAUGCCACGCAUUCUCAUAAGAGAUCUUCAAUAAUACUCCAACAGCGUACGAAUCUGGUUCAUAAGAUUGGUAUCCCAAGGUCUACAGAGGUGUUUCUCCAUAUAAUGCCUUUGUUGUUGUUGUUAAUCCUCACCCAAGGAUAUUUUUUCCAUUGAUUUUGAGAGAGAGUGGGA